GACUCUCAUCUCAUCAGUGAAAUCUGAAGCAGGGGGCGCCUAGGCUGUAGGUCUUUAUCGGUAUCUCACUCCACCGUCAGAUUAAUCAGGUUUAGCGAGGGAGGAGGGGAGGAUGGUGAAGGUCAUGGCGGGGUGCCCGGCGAAGAUGGGGUUCCGGAUGCCGGCGGAAUGGGAGCCGCACGAGCAGUGCUGGAUGGGCUGGCCCGAGCGCCCAGACAACUGGCGGGAGAAUGCUGGUCCAGCUCGAAUAGUAUUUGCAAGAACUGCAAUUGCCAUAUCAAAGUUUGAGCCCGUCACCAUUUGUGCGAGUGCCGAACAGUAUCCUCAUGUCCACGAACUGAUGGAACACCAGCCGAACAUCAGGGUGGUCGAGAUGAGCAUGAAUGAUUCCUGGUUUCGUGAUACUGGUCCCACUUUUAUUAUCCGUAAAGGCAGACCAGAACCAGGACUCACAGAGCAAACAAUAGCGGGAAUUGAUUGGGAAUUUAACGCCUGGGGAGGAGUCGAUGAUGGUUGCUAUGAUGAUUGGAGUCUUGAUAAUAAUGUUGCCAAGAAAAUAGUUGAGAUAGAGAGGAUCCCUAGGUUUCCACACACAAUGGUUCUUGAGGGUGGAAGCAUUCAUGUAGAUGGCGAAGGUACAUGCAUUACAACAGAAGAAUGCUUGUUAAACCCUAACCGAAACCCCAACAUGAGUAGACAAGAUAUAGAGAAUGAGCUGAGGGAUUUUCUUGGAGUCACAAAGAUCAUUUGGAUACCUCAAGGACUUUAUGGUGAUGAGGAUACAAAUGGGCAUGUUGACAGUUUAUGCUGUUUCAUUAGACCUGGUGUGAUCCUCUUGGCAUGGACUGAUGAUGAGAAUGACCCACAGUACGAAAUAUCAGUUAGGGCACUAUCAACUCUCACUCAGGCCGUCGAUGCGAAAGGGCGGCAAAUAGAGGUGGUAAAGAUCCACGUGCCAGGGCCUUUAUAUGUUACAAAGGAAGAGGGGGAUGGUGUUAAUGCGACGGGGCAUGCUGUACCGAGGGAACCAGGCAAGAGACUGCCUGCCUCAUACGUGAACUUCUACCCAACGAAUGGCGGGAUCAUAGCACCUGCUUUUGGUGAUAAGCAGCGGGAUGACGAAGCACGUGAGGUUCUCCAGAAAGCAUUUCCUGAUCAUGAGGUUGUGAUGGUGGAAGGCGCCAGAGAGAUUGUGCUGGGAGGUGGAAACAUACACUGCAUCACGCAGCAGCAGCCGGCGCGCCCGUCAUAGUUGAACGAGGAAGGGCAAGGAGGGGCGACUGGUGUGUGCGUGACGACGAUGAGACACAGCAGUCAGCCGGUGCAGGCAAUGAGAGGAAAUGGCAGCAAGAGCUGAAGAGAUGGCUGGCUGUUCAAAGUUCAAACAAGGCUAGGAGGAGGAGCAUGUCUUCGCGCCAGCAUAUCAGCUGAUUAAGUAAGGCUUUGAAUUCUGGGACAUGCUACUGAGUUUCCUUUCUCGUGUAUACCUCAUUCAGGCUACUCGGCUCAAAAUGUAAAAUUAGUUUGCUGGGCAUUGUGAGUAAUGAUGAAAAUGGAGUGAAUUCAGUUGAACAGCCAUGAGUGGUUUUAUCAUUUCAGGAUGUAAAACGGACAGUGUAUCGAUGUUUUAAAAGAAAAAAA